UAACAAAACAUCUUUGUACACCUGGUUUACGAACAAUUGACAUCAAACUUAUCACACCUCGGUAUAUAUAUAAUAAUAUGAUCACUUAGAAUUUUCUCACAAUGUGGUCAGAAGUAGUAACUCUGGACAAGUAAACAUUAAGGUCUUAUAAGGUCAAAAGUCUGGUAAAUAAAAUAUAUAGAAUUCACCGAGUCGUGACGAGUCUGUACCGAUACACAGUAGCUAUGAAACAGUCAAAUGGAAUUGAAAAUAAAGCUUUUGAAAGUGGCGUUGGGUGUAAUGAUGUCACGGUGGAGGUAAAAACAGAAACAAACAAAAAGAAUGGAAUUCCUUCACAUGACAAUGGAACGCUUUCACCAUAUACCAAGAAUCCUGAAAAACCGAAAAGUGAUAAGGAUGAUAUCAAUGAAGAUCUGGCUUGGGGUUAUGGUCCAUUUAAGCCUAGGUGUUUCCAAGUAUUCAACAAAAUGCAUUUCUAUAUUCUCUUCGUCUCCAUCAUGUGCUUCAUAGAAGGAUUUGCAGUAAAUGGGAUAGCGAACUCGGCCAUACCAUCAAUAGAGAGACAAUUUAAACUUCCGUCAACGAAGUCUGCACUCAUUCCAAGCUCUAUGGACAUAGGAUCAUUAAUAGUGGUGUUGUUUGUUACUUUCAUCGGCGGACGAUAUAAUAAGGCGGCAAUAGUAGCAGGCGGGACUGUUGUCAUGGCACUGGGCUCUUUCGUGUUUUUGAUUCCACAUUUAAUAGACCAAUACUCUUACGUUGAAUAUGCCACCGAGUACACCUACAACUGUUCUGCCGGAAGUUCCUGGUCAUCAGAAUGUGAUCCCGUUGGUGAGUCGUAUUUAGCUAUAUUUAUGAUAGCUAAUAUGCUCCAUGGAGUUGGAUUUACUACAAUGUUUACACUGGGAUCAGCAUACAUAGACGACAACGAAGAUAAUGCUAAAGCUGCUCUUCAUAUUGGUUUGACGUUUUCUGCAUCAGCAAUAGGGACUGCAGUAGGUUUUUUAUCUGGUGGAGAAAUAUCACAAAAUUACUUUGUAGAAUUUGACAGAGUUGAUACAAGCAGUAUCGGCAUAACGUACAUUGAUCCACGAUGGGUAGGAGCCUGGUGGUUAGGGUUUGCGAUCUCUAUUGUAGCAUUUGCUAUCAUAGCUGUACCUCUCUUUGGAUUCCCUAAAAGACUUCCAGGCGUUGUUAAACGGACAGUUGAAAAAGAAGGCGAAAACUCUUUCAUGUUCAACGUGAAGAAAUUUUUUGUUGUUCUCAUCACACAGAUUAAGAACCCUAUAUUCAUGAUGGUAACGUUUGCUGGAGCUGCUAAUACACUUGCUGUAUCAGGAGUCGGAUCAUUUGCUUACAAGUUUUUAAUGGAGCAGUACAAUCUGGAUUACAAAACAGCUGGAUAUCUCUUAGCCGGUAUGAUUUCAAUUGGCGUUGUUGGCACGUUCGGUGGGGGUGUGAUUAUAAGAAUAUUUAACCUUGAACUACGUGGAAUGCUAAGACUAGCUUUUGUAAGUUGCUUGAUAUCAUCUUUAAUGGGGAUCAGUUUCAUAGCCGGAUGUCCAGAUGUGAAGCUAGCUGGGCUUGAAGUUCCGUAUCAUAACAACCCUGACAUGGCUAACGGAUACUCAGACGCCUGUCAGAAAUCAUGCAAGUGUCAAUAUGAAACGUUUACACCUGUGUGUGGUAUAGAUAACGUGGUGUAUUACUCCCCUUGUCACGCUGGAUGUACAGACGUUGCCGGCAUGGGCGUAUGGGGUAAUUGUAGUUGCAUUGCUCAGAACCUGAAUGUAAGUCAGGCCGAUGCAGGGGCCUUUUAUGGACGGUGUGAUGAUAACUGCGACAAACUAUACUACGUUGCACCAUGCUUAUUUUUAGCAAUCAUCUUUGUACUAAUAUCAACUACGCCAAAUUCGAUGUGUAUCAUGAGAGUUGUUGAUGAGGACGUUAAACCAUUUGCGUUAGGUGUGGAGUGGGUAUUUAUACGGCUUCUUGGAACCAUUCCAGGUCCACUUCUAGUUGGCUGGGUGCUGGAUAACGCAUGUUUGAUAUUUUUAGACGGAACUUGUGGUAAUAAAGGCAACUGUUUGUUGUACAGCCAUGAUGAUAUGGCUUCAGGGAUAUUGAUUUGGUGGUUGAUUGUGUCAUUGCUAUCGGCAGUAUUUUACCUGUUGGCAAUUUUGUUUGAAACCAGAACUGGAAAAAGUGAUUCGUUCGAAAUAACGUCAAAUUAGACAUAUGCUUCGAAACUUGUGAUUAAUGUGAAAGCUGCAUUUGUCAUCAUCAUAUGUGAUCUUUUUAAAAAAGAAAACUGAUUUAAUGUUAGUAAUCAAACGGGCCUAACUUUUAAUUCUUUAUUUUGUUAUAAUCAAUUAAAUACUCGUAUGCGAGUGAGUCCGGCAUAUUAAAAAAAACCUGCAUACUACUGUAAUACUAACUAUGACAUUUUUAUAAGGAACUUUGGAUGGAUAUAACACAUCAUUCCGUAUAACCUUAUUUGAAAAGGAUAAUGAUUUUAUUGAUUUUUCAACAAACCUCAUUUUUAUUGUUUACUCAACAAAAUACUCAUUACCGUAAAGAGAUUCCUCGUUUUUGUAACAGUGAAGCAGAUCUCUGGAGAACAAUAUCAAGCCAAAUCGUAGAGAUGUUACGUGUAUUUACAGUGGACAAAGUGGAGAAGAUACUUCAACAAUUUACAAGAAAUCGAAAAACAAAACGGACAAAGAUACAGCCAUUUUUUUUCAUCAACCAUCAAAUCUAAAAACAGUCGAUGAAAGUAACAUAAACCAAUUGAAAACUAUUGAAGAGUAAAAUUCUUUUUUUUUUUUAUACUCAUGGUUUAUUGCAUAAAAUACCGGUGAUAUAUGUUAAACUACAACUACUCGGUGAAUAGUAAUUGGUUAAAAUGGUUAUCAAGCAUAUACUUAACUUAUUAUCUAUAUAUUUGACAACAAAAUUUGGUCUGCGGACGAGGACUUUUUAUAAACAAAAUCUGGUGCUAUUGAAUAAUUCCAUAAAUUUCGAAAGAUAAACAAUAACCAUUGUUUUGCUCUUGUAAUAUUUAUCUUUUCUUUCAAUAUUCUAAUGACAUUCUAUUUGCAAUUUUACAAAACAAAUCAAAUCUACGAACUACUAGUAUCAUGAAUAAUAUCACAAAGAAGUAUCAUAUAUCCUAUCACAGAGAAGUAUCAUGCACUGUAUAUAUAUCAUUGUUAUAUGUAUGUUGUCCUUGCCUUUUGUCAUGUUACAUGUAAGUGUUUAUAGUGCCAUAUGUACAUUUAUUUAUAACAUUGUUUCAUUUUUUUUAUUUCAAAGCUUAUACAAUGUACAUGUAUACUCAUAUAUUUAUUAUGCAUAUAUUUACAAGAAUGAAUAAAAUUCAACAGUUCUUUA